AUGAGUGUAUUGCCUGCAUGCACUCACGUUAAACCAAAGUACAGACUUGAGAGAUGCCAAAACGUGAGAGGAAUAUGUAAAAUACAUUGUGAUGAUGAUGACUAUGAUUAUGGAUACUGCAUAAGAUGGAGGAAUCAGUGCUGCCUAUGA